AUGUAUUGUCAGAACGCCAGCGCCAAAACUGUUGAAGAUGUCUUAAAGAUGCACUGGGAUCAGUCCGAAAGGCCAGUUAAAGCUGACGAAGACACAUUAAAAGCAUUAAUUGAUCUGGACAAAUUGAAUGAUCCACAUAAACAGAAAGAGCCAGAAUUGAUCAAUAGAAUACGUUUAGUGUUCCACACGCGAAACCUCAUACUAGUUUAUUAA